CGCAAGCCCUGAGGCCUGUUCGACAGGGUACAGACUGUUCAAAUAGUUCUAAGUGAAGUUUGCAAGCAGACCGAGAGCGUCAGUCGGCCUGAGCACACAAAUCGACUCACCAUGGCGGAUCCAGAUACCGAUUUCACCAGCGGACAUUCUGGGGCUUCCGAAACGUUCCCCAUGCAGUGCAGUGCUCUGCGCAAGAAUGGAUUUGUGGUGCUGAAGGGACGCCCCUGCAAGAUAGUGGAAAUGUCAACUUCCAAGACCGGCAAGCACGGUCAUGCAAAGGUGCACCUGGUGGGAAUUGACAUAUUCACUGGCAAGAAGUAUGAAGAUAUCUGCCCCUCCACUCACAACAUGGAUGUUCCUAAUACUCGGAGACAAGACUAUCAGCUGCUGGACAUUUCCGACGGCUUCCUAUCUCUGUUGAAAGAAAAUGGGGACGUACGUGAUGAUCUGAGACUGCCCGAGGGUGACGUGGGAAAGGAGAUUGAUGCCAGACAUGAGGCUGGGGAGGAAAUUAUGAUCACUGUGCUGUCUGCCAUGGGAGAAGAGUGUGCUGUCGGGAUCAAGAACAUAACCAAGUAAAAAGAGAAGGGCUGGCCGCUCAGACUGAGGCCUGCACUACAGAUCUUACAUUUGCGUUCCAAAUGUCACCAAAGCUAUGGCCUUCACAAACAACCUCAAAUUGUUUCUGUUUAUCCAAAUCCGUGCUGGACCUUUAUAACUGUCUCUUUGGCUAAUGAUUGAUUGGCAUGUUCUCAAAUCACUGAGGUUUUUCUUUUUCUCUCCCUCUCUCUCUUUUUUUUUUCUUUAAUUCCAUCCGUUAGACUUCUUAAUUCCAUCCGUUAGGCUUCCAUAUUCCAGCUUCCCUGCUUAACAUUCCUCACCAAAAAGGAAUCCAUUUGUAUUGUUCUGUUGACCUGUUAACAUUAGGCUUGUUGGUUAGCCACUAUGGUCUUUGAACACAUUUUAGACUGAUUUUAUUUGUAAUGCCAGCCAAGCCAUGGACAGUUAGCACUUUAGAUUAGUCUUAGAGAAGAUUAACCAAUUCACCAUUGCAUUAAAAAAAAAAGAAAAACCUCUGUGAUUUGUUCAGAUGCCAGUCUGUUUUCUUUUAAAUCAGUUAGCAGCCAUCGCAGACCACUUGGCGAUGCACGAUUACCUCUCUGAAUGACACUGACUAGUUGGCCAGCGUAUGGCACAUCCACAUCUGUGUCAAAGCCUGUGUAAACCUCUGCUAGGUAGGCUUUCUCUGAAUGUCGCUUUGACACCUCGCUGCAUGCUGGGGAGGAAGUCAACUAGAGGCAAGGGUGAUGACAAGUUCUCUUUUUAUUUUCACUCGAGGCCUUUGUCACCAGACUGAAGACUUAAAUAAGAACAAAAAAGAAAAAUGAAGAAAAAAAAAAAAGAGAAAAGUUUUUGUUUGUUUGUUUCCCUUUUGGUAUUUUUGAGAUCGUCAAGCAUCCUGCGCCCUGCUUAAUAUGUCGGUUGAAGUUUGAGACAUGCUUGAUGCUCGGCCCAUAGUAGAUGAUUGAGAAUGAGGAAAUGUUGAUUAUACUGCAUACUGGGUAGAUUGGCUGACUAAAUCUGAGUUUGCUGUGGGUUAUCCAAAUUGAAGCCGUGCUUAAUCUUUGCGAGUGGAAGUGAAAAGUAAAACAAUAUAUUUGCAGCCUAAAUGAAGCCUUGUAUAUUCUCAGCCCUUACACAGAGAAAAAUCAUUUGCGAACCUUCUCACUUGUCAUGGGUUGGGUGAUAGCCUGAAUUGACUGGUCACUUGCGUUAAAUUUCGAAAACCUAAGAGUGGCAGGCAAACUUCUCAAGACCACCGAUAAAAGCAGUCUUCCUAAAGCCAUAAUUUGAUGUCCUACACGCCCAGACAUUGGGAUUUUUUUUUGCAGAAUCAAGUAGAGUACAACUUAAUACUCGACUGAUUUGAUUAACUAGACUACCACUUAUUUUUCCAAGCUAAUAUCUAAAGAAGGUUUAGGAUCUCUCUCUUUCAUUUAAUUGGUCUCUUUGUAAGGGGAAGUCACAGAGUCUGUCAAUGAACAAGCAAAUAUCCCUGGCAGUUUCAUUGUUUUGGUUAUCAAGACUGGUUUCAUCCAUUUCUACAUGUUUUUUUUUUUUUAUCCCCCUCUUUUCUUCUUUUGUAUGUGACGAGCCUCCUGCAAAAUUGUAUGCAAGGGUAUGCUGUUUAUACCUCCCAUGGAAUGACUGUUUUUAGCCUUUUUAUAUAGCAUUGAUAAUGUCUUCAUAUCCCUUGUCGAAACAUUCCUUUUGAUUUUAAUUUACUAUGUCUUGUUUUUUUCCUGUAGACCUGAAGUUUGUUUUAUAUAGAUUGAGGUGUUACAUUUUUGCUUUUGUGACUGAUCCUAGUGUUUCACCCAACCAAAAGCAAUGCAUGCAUAACAGCAUGCGGUAAAGAUUGUCUGCUUUCUCUUCUCUCUAGACAGCACUUCAUUCAUACAGGGCUACUGACAAAGCACAAGCAUGCAGCUGAUGACUCACAGUUCCUUUAGCCUUUUCAUUAUUCCCUAUCAAAAAUAUCUCAUCUACCGAUCUGGUCAAGAUGUAGUGCACCAACAUUGUUGUGCACAACAAGAAAACAACAACAAACAGAAAACACAACAAGAAAACAACAACAAACAGUGGCACGAGGUCCUUGUUGUUUAAAAUCUUGCUGCUUUUCUAUCCUUGAGUACCUGUUUACCUGAUGUGCUUUAGUAAUAGUGUUAAAAAGAAAAACGUUCACUUUCAGCCCACAUGACGCUAUUCUAAAUGACUUUGUCAUGCUUAUUUUGGACACUGCUUUACAUUGAACAGAAAUGAUCACCAUGGUGAAUAUAAUUCUUACUGUUUUUUCCCCCUGAUUCAAACGCUGGGAUUCAGAAGCAAGAUGUAUCUGAUCCUGAAGGUCACCUUGAAUGGUCUUAAUCGGGUCUAGGUAAUCUUCCCUCUGCAGGUAUACAGGCUUUUUUUUUUUCUCCAUCCCUAGACACGCUCACUGGAUUGAGCUUAUCAUGGUUCAGUUCAUCCAUGCUAGAUCAGAAUAAAAGCAUGCAUCGUUGCAUCCCUGCACGGUGAGGUUUGCCUAUCCUGACGAAGGGGAAUGAUCCAAACAAUUGGCCUCAUGCCAAACCAGACCUCAACCUGUUGACGGCACAGAAUGGUUUGUCCUCUGACCAGUCAGAAUGGCAUAGAUUUUCCAUUCUCUUUGUCCUGCCUGAGACAGUGGCUUGGCUCCUGGAUUGGCAUUGGGACGUAGUGUCCAUGCUCAGUGGCUUCAAAAGCAUCUCAUGACUUCCAAAAUUUAGUCGGGUACUU